CCUCUUCGUCCUACACAACCCCCCAAACCCACAUCGUAUAAAAAAAAAGCAUUGAGAUAGCACAGCAUGUCAUUAACCUUUAAGCGCGGUCUGGCGACGGCGGCCCCCAAGUUGACAGGGGCUGUCAACUUUGCGAAGUACCCCAAGAUCGUCUGCAUUGGCCGUAAUUACGCUGCCCACGCCGCAGAACUCAACAAUGCGCAACCCAAGCAGCCGUUCUUCUUCCUGAAGCCCGCCUCCUCCAUGCUCCUCCCCGGCGCCGGCCCCGUGCGGCGCCCCAAGGGCGUCGAUCUACACUACGAGGUCGAGCUGGCCAUUCUAAUCGGACGUACCGUGAAGGGUCUUGCACCCGACAAUAUGAAGUGCGCGAUGCAUGCUAUCGAGGGCUACGCAGUGAGCAUCGAUAUGACCGCGCGUAACAUGCAAGACGAGGCGAAGUCGAAGGGCCUGCCGUGGAGCAUCGCGAAGGGCUUCGAUACAUUCCUACCCCUGUCCAAUACGAUUCCGAGGGAGGUUAUAGCGGAUCCGCAUGCGGCGGAGUUGUGGUUGAGUGUUAAUGGGGAGACGAAGCAGAAUGAUAGUACGGGGCUGAUGGUGUUCCGGAUCCCAAGGAUCUUGAGCGAUAUUAGCAAGGUGAUGACGUUGAGGAGGGGGGAUAUCGUGUUGACUGGCACGCCGAAGGGGGUGGGGAGUGUGAAGCCGGGAGAUGUGAUAACAGCGGGAAUUAGAUACGGUGGGGUGGAGAUUGAGGAGGGAAGGAUUGAGGUCACGGUCGAGGAGGCGAAGGGGUCGUUUACGUAUGGGGAGACUUAAGAGCUGAUUAGUGAAGGACAUGGCGAGGAGUAACUGUACUACAUAUAUAUCACUGUUAUAGAAUAGCGAGCAAUAGUAAAAACAGCCCUGCUUUUGGCAUUGUAUAUACAAACUUCAUUGGUAAAAAAUAUGUAAUGUAAGCAAAGAAUAUAUA